CGCGGUACGUGCGGCCAGCAGUGUUGCUACAUCUGCUUCCAUCUCUCCUACUGUCUUCCUCCUCGGCUCCUCCGAUCCGCUCUGGAGUAGUACAAGUGUUAAGUGUACAACCACCCAAAAAAAAUAGGACUCCGUCGACAGAGCACGCAUCCAUGGCUACAAGGGAUGAGCAGCGGCAGCACCCCCUACCCCUGCACAUCCUCUUCCUCCCGUUCUUCGCCCCCGGGCACCUCAUUCCGGUGGUCGACAUGGCCGCGAUAUUCUCCGCUCGCGGCGCGAGGUGCACCAUCCUCACCACGCCCGUCAACGCCGACAUCAUCCGUCCGGCCGUCGACCGCGCCAACGACUCCGACUGCCACGGCACCGACUCCCCUUCCCCUGCAGUCGACAUCUUUGUCGUGCCUUUCCCCGACGUCGGGCUCCCGCCAGGCAUGGAGAACCUCAUGUUCCUUACUCCAGCCCACGGAGCCGAGUGCCCGCUCAAGUUCAUCCAAGCCGUGCAGCUGCUCCGCGAGCCCUUCGACCGGUUCAUGGCUGCCAACCGCCCCGACGCCGUCGUGUCCGACAGCUUCUUCAGCUGGUCCGCGGACGCCGCCGCGGAGCACGGCGUCCCGCGCCUCGUGUUCCUCGGCAGCAGCGUGUUCGCCCGGUGCUGCAGCGAGACCAUGCUGCGCACCAACCCACUGGAGACGACCACCAACCCCGACGACGAUCCUGAUGACGACGCCCGGCUCGUCUCCCUGCCGGGGCUGCCGCACCGUGUCCAGCUGAGGCGGAGCCAGAUGAUGGAUCCCAGGAAGCGGCCGGCGAUGUGGGCAUUCCACAAGGACAACGACGCCGCGGACCAGAGGAGCUUCGGCGAGGUGUUGAACAGCUUCCACGAGCUGGAGCCGGACUACGUCGAGCACUUCCGCACGACGCUCGGUCGUCGUGCGUGGCUCGUGGGGCCGGUCGCGCUCGCAAGCAAAGACAUGGCUAAGAGAGGCCGUCCCGACAACACUGAGGCACACGUCACAGAGGGCUGCCUUCGGUGGAUGGACAGAAAGCCGGCCGGCUCGGUGGUGUACGUCUCCUUCGGCACGUUCACUAGUUUCUCGCCGGCCGAGCUGCGCGAGCUCGCCCGCGGCCUGGACCUCUCCGGCAAGGACUUCGUGUGGGUCAUCAGCUCCGGCACAGGCACGGAUGGGUCAGAGUGGAUGCCUGAGGGCUUCGCGGAGCUGAUGGCACGCGGCGACCGCGGCUUCAUCAUCCGAGGUUGGGCGCCGCAGACGCUCAUCCUCAACCACCACGCCCUCGGCGGGUUCAUGACGCACUGCGGCUGGAACUCGGCGCUGGAGGCCGUGAGCGCCGGCGUGCCGAUGGUCACGUGGCCGCGGUACGCGGAUCAGUUCUACAACGAGAAGCUCAUCGUGGAGGUACUCAAGGUGGGCGUUAGCAUCGGCGCCAAGGACUUCGCGUCGCCUCUAGAGGGCCAUGAGGUGAUCGGCGGCGAGGUGAUCGCUGGAUCCAUUGGGAGGCUGAUGGGGAGCGGCGAGGAGGGCGACGCCGUACGGAAGAAGGCCAAAGACCUCAGUGUGAAAGCAAGGAGCGCCAUGGAGAAGGGUGGAUCUUCGUACGGUGACUUUGGAAGGCUCAUGGAUGAGUUGAUGGCUCGCCGGAGUCCCGGAGAAGACACCACCCCACUAAUCUUACAGAAGUGAAGUUAUUACAACAUGAGGUGGCAACGUCUGAUCGGGUGGGUAACCGGAACUUCCUUUCUCUUGUUCGUUAGUGAUCUUCGUUACGGCACCGAUCGACGUCGUGGCAUGUUGUGCGUCGCUAGCUCUACUUGCACCAUGAAACGCCGUGGCAUAUCUUGAUUUCACUUCAACAUUGUUGUACUAAUUUUCUUCACUUUUAUAAGACCUUUUAAACAUUUAAGACAGCUUCUAAAA